AUGUCAUACAGUUCUGGCCAUCACAUGCCAAGUGAUGGCCUGUCCUCAACAUCUGAAAAUGCCUCUGGCGUUCGGCCAGGGUCGCAAAUCGCAGGGCCUGUCAAUUUUACACCCAGAAGUAGGACCUCAUCAUUCUCGAGCGUCGAAGAGACCGGCCCAGUGCUAGGGCCGUCACAUACCAAGAACUACCGUGGAACUCGACUAUCUAUGCUCCCACGCCCCAGAGCCGGUAGAACUGUAUCACCAAUUACCCCAGUAUCUGCUGCGUCUUCUCAGAAGUCCACACAAUCCAUUCCUUCAUCGCUUUCAAGUCCAGAGAUCAACAACCCAUCCUUGCUUGGGACUGGACAACAAGUGUCUUCCCCGAAACGGUCACGAAAUGUUCUUCGAAGACGUGCACCGACAAUAGGAAGACAUGUGGAGCAAUUACAAUCCCACAAGCUCAGCCUUGUGAUCCCUCAAGAGCCUCAACCCGUCAAUAUGAACAGUGCAACAAAGUACGGCACUCCGGAGACCCUGCCGUCAGGACAUUCGGCUUCAUCGGACAGAACCAGUCAUAGAAACGAGAGCAGUGCGACCCUGAGCUCGGCAACUUCCAGAUUUAAUGGCCCGGAAGAACUGGCAAGUCUCCGGACUACAGUUGAUACCCAGAACUUGCCACCUCCCCCUGCGCCAUUUCUCUCGGCAAGCAGUCCUUCAACAAGAUACUCCGAGUCCCCGAGUAUUUGGAGUCGAGGGUCUACUCCCACUUCAUUGUCUUCUUAUUCCCCAGGUAUCGUACACUCGACAAAGAUCGGCCGUCUCCGGCAGCCCAGCCCAUCACAGACACGGUUGCCGGUGUUUUCUCCUUCAAUCAUUCAAUCAAGUCCGAAACAAGAAAGACCUGAGCCAAAGACUCAGAAGCGAGUACCUUCGAAAUCUUCUGGUCUAAGCUCAGUAGGGACGGAUGAUCACAACCAGUCAACUUCCAAGUCUCCAUCUAACCACAUGCCAGGCCCACCAUACAGCUCUCCAACAAUAAAACCUUUGUCGAAUUUCAGUCCAUCAAAAUCCGGAGAUAUUGACACUGAAAAGGCCUGUAGAGAGGUCGAGGAAGCCGAAAGACGCCUAGUUGAUCCGCAAGGGGCCAAGGAAUGCUCCCCCGCACGUUUCGUGGAGACCCCACGCACUCCACCAAGACCAAGCAGAGAUGGAACUCAUCGCUUAGAGCUGGAAAAGUUACCUGUGGUACGGAGCAAUUUGCGGUAUAUCAGAUCGACGGGUCACACAAGACGCGAAUCCGCGGAAAAGAUCCUAGCGGCCAGCCUUCCUCAUCCCACUCCAAACCAAUCUGCCGCUGCAUCUAUUGACUCCUUACACUCGAGGAGUAUUUCGCGAGUCUCAUCUCAGGAUGACGGGUCUCCUGUGCUAUCUCGGAAAUCCCCUCGGACUUUGACAAAGGAGCCUCCUAAAGAACAACCAGAGUCGAAGAUGCCCGUACCAAAAAGGUUUGGUCUUUUCACGAAGAAGUCCAAGCCUGAUAUGACAGAGACUACCACAGAGCAAGCUCGUUUACCACGUAAAGGCCCCGCGGCUGGGACGGGACAUGAGGGCUAUGGAAAGUAUGGACAACGCGGCCGGAAAGCCAGUGGGAGUAGUAGCAGUGGCACAAGAACAAGGUCAACAAGCACGACGAGAAGUGUCGCCAGCAAAGGAAGCCUGUCCAGUAGGCCUGAGUUGGAGAUUGAUGAUUUCUUCAUGAGUCGUCUGGAACCUGUCAUCAUCAAUGGUGGCGGAAUGGACGGCGCGUCGUUGUCGCGGACGCAGAGCGAGCAAAGUAUGAGCAGCCUUAGUGUUGCCUCUACUUCGAAUUUGCCUCGGCAGGGUGCCCUCACACACUCGAAUGGUCAGUCUACUGACUCGCUUGCCACUUCAACGGGGACAUUUGGUGAUACUGUUACGCUUGUCGAGUCUGCUGGGACUGCGUCAAGGAACCGGAGCCCUGAGCGCGAACUGAAUACCAGGCGACCUAGUACUUCCGUAUCACGCAUGCCAGUUCCAAAGAGCAAAAGACAUGGUGUUUUUGCAAACACUCAAGCUGCUGUGACUACGACAUCUCUUACUAGCCAAGAACCAAGUGUCAAAGCUACACCUCAGCCAAAGAAAGCUGUUCAGAAACCCGCUGAGCGAACUAAAAAGUCCGAGCCAGCUCAGCAGCAACAAGCUAAGAAGGGAAAGACAUCCAUGUGGAAUUUCUUUCAGAAGAGUUCCAACGAGCACAAGAGCGGGCCUCCUAUCACAACUGCAUCCCAUACCGCCCAACUCCACGCGGCGAUUUCGCCGGUGCUGAACACUCGGCCUGUUGCCCACUAUGCAUUUGUCGACGCUGACUCGGACUCCCUGGAUGAGAUCAUCAACAAAAUCGAGGACUCCCCACCAACAGAAGAGGAAAAAAUCUUCCACCCAGUGGAAGUUCCAGCAGGUCUAAAUAUCAGAAAGAGAGAACCUUCAAUUUUGUUGCCUUCGCCACCAAAGCUUCAUGGAGAAUUUGAAAAUGACCGUCCAUCGCCGAAGAUUGCCAUGUUCAAUCGCAACCUCAUGCCUCCAGAGCUCGAAUCGUCACCUGAAGUAGAGCGCCCAAGACGAUUAGCUUCCGUAGGCAGAAUUCCUCAGGUUGUCUCGCGGCGCGAUAGACAACAUCGACCAGCGAUGCAGUCCUUCUCUCGCCCAUUUAGUGUCGUUGAAUCUCCAGCUCUCACUGCUCCCACGACAGGUGCUCCGCAUGAGUCUCCAUUGAUCAGCGAUGCACCUCUGGACCUGGGAAUCGGGCCCAGCGAGCCUAGAUGGGGCCAUGGGCUUAGCCCUGCGUUCAGUGCUUCCGAGGAAGCCAGUGCUUUGGAUUUCCUCGCUGGACCAUUCUCAGACUAUGAGUUCCUCAAGUUCCCACCGAAGAAGGGUUCGACCUCGUCGGAUAGCUCUGCUGCUUUGGCUGCAGUAACUGCCGUCGCUCCAGUGCCCGGCUCACCACCUACUGAAGAUGAGGUGUGGAAUGAGUUUGAUGAUCUGAUCGAUCAUGUUCUUUCGCCAGAGGGGCCGGAGUCAAAGGAGCCUGUUAAGCCUGAAGAUGAUGCCAGAUUCGAACUUGCUACCAUGGCGAGUAGAGCUCUUCAGGAUGAGUUGAAUAAUCCCACUCCUAUUCAGCGAGGACCGGGUGAGGACUCAGUACGGUCAAGUGCCAGUUCUGUUCGGCUACGUCGUUCUCGGAUUGUUUCGGCCUUGCAAUCUUCUACGGCUCCUUCGUCUCAACCUUCCUAUAGCGAUCUCGUUUCCAGGUAUGGGGAUUUGACAGAAGAUAAGAUCAAUGCGGAGAAGGAUGAGGAUGUUUCGGCUCCUGUUGAAGAGCCAUCUUCCAUUGACCAGCGCUGGGAACAACAGUCGACAUUUCUUCAGUCUCUCGCUGCUGUCCCUUCACCCCGACCGAAGAUUCACCGUUCACAAGAGGCUGGAUCCUCCGAGCGUGAGUGGGAUGCUGUGACGCGCACGAACAUGCGCUCGGCCUCGCUUAUGACUAGUCGCUGGCUUUCAUUUGGCCGGGUCCUCUUCAGUCCGGCACAUAACCACGUCAAGACCGGAGGCCAAGGCAGAAUCCUGGUAGUCGAUGGGCUUGGGAACGACGAUUGGUCUUUCUAUUGCUCCUUGACUUAUCCCGAUGCAGAGGUAUACAGCCUUGGAGGUCGUCCGGUGUCUACAGCAGCUCCUCACCCCGCAGCAUGGCAGCCUCCGACAAACCAUCACACGGUAUACCACGCCGGGCUGAGCAACCCGCUCCCAUUCCCAAAGGACUACUUUACCGUCGCUGUUCUCCGAUUCCCCGCCGUCUGCUCCGAGACUGUUCAAGGCAACAUUGUACAAGAAUGCAAACGAGUCCUCCGUACAGGCGGGUACUUGGAGAUGUGCCUCCUAGACAGAGAUAUGGUCAACAUGGGACCGCGUACCCGCAAAGCAGUCCGCCAGCUAAAGGAAACAACCUGCCUAUCCGAUUCAACGAUCAGCCUCAAACCAACUAGCGACAGUGUCCAACGCCAACUCGGCACCCAGGGUUUCGACAAUCUCCGUCGCUGCAUGGUCCGCAUCCCAGUAGCAGGAAUGGUCGUCCGCUCCUCCGCAUCUACUACAUCCUCAUCCCAAUCCUUCUCAACAUCAGCCCCCUCCGACGCCUUUUCUCUCCCAACAAUUUCCAUCACCACUGCAACAGGAAGCCAGAACACAAGAAGCACAUCUAAAUUCCCCUCUGAUGAUGCAAACAUCUCUCUAGGUGAUCUCCUCUCCGACCCAUCUCCAUCCCCAGCAAAUGACGAAUCUAUCGCGAAGAUCGUCGCUCGUGUCGGGCGCUGGUGGUACUCGAAAUGCUAUGAAGAUCCCGUCCUCUCCGGCGGAGACAGCGAUACCAGCAUGUGGCGUGACCGUAAAGUCCUGCGCGAGUGUCAGAGGAGAGGAAGUGGCUUCCGUAUGUUGAUUGCAUAUGCCCAGAAACCAAGCGAGGUUCCGCGGCGCACGGCGAGUGUUUAG